GAUGGAUGGAACAGGACUUCUCAUGGAUGCACAAGAAAUGAGUAUGGGGUCUGGGAACUAACCUUGCCUUAUAAGGAAGAUGGAUCAUCCCCUAUUCCCCAUGGAUCAAAAGUUAAGGUAAGUAAGUUAAUCACAGUUUCCAAGGAGACAAGUUGUUAUUGCGUUCAUCGAAGGAGAACGCAUACUAUUUGAGUUGUUUUUUCCGGUGUGAUUUAAAAUGACUGGCAGGUAUCAACUGUAAUGCUGUAAUUAAAGGCAAAAAUGUUGCCUCCCCGCAAGUUCAUAAACAUUCAUAUGUGGCAACCGGAAAUGAACCGUGAUAAGGGCUACAACCUUCCCCCAAUUCAUGGAACAAUUUUGCAGCCUCAUCAAAACGAGGCUGUGAAUAACAUCAGAUGUAGGGGUGGUGAAUGGUAAAAUCCGAGACGCCGAGAUCCUAGUUAGAAAUCCGAGCCCAAGACUCUUUGGUGGAAAGUUUCGAGACUCAAAAAAGUAAAAACAAACCAUGAAAAAACGAGACUUCAAGUCUUAUCAAAAAUGCUUCCGAGAUUUCGAGAUCCUGCCAAAUUUUUUCUGAGACCCAUGUUUUUCGAAGUACAUGUACCAUUCGCCACCCCUAAAUGUCGUCACUGAUAAAAGGGAUCCUGAUGUGUUCCGAAAGCUCUGCUAAACUUUCAACAAAUUGUUGAUGUUAAAGAACAUUUUUUAUACUGGUAAUGAGAAUAAAAGGCUUUGGGGAGCGUUUUUGCACAUGAACACUAUCUAUCUUGGACUAUCUGACACGGAUGGUCUGCAUCUGUGGAUACCUAUAACUUUAAGCUUUUUUUAUAUAAAUAAAUAUAAUGUGCAAUUGAAAAGAAAUGAAAUAAUCAGUGUUAAAUCUAGGCUGCGUUUUUGUGUCAUUGACGCAGAAUAUUCCAAUUCUGAUGCAAAGUGAAAUUAUUGUGGAUUCACACUGAUGCAAAAAAGGUUACCUCAAAUACAAGUACUUCCAAAGCAGCAGUCAAAAUUAAAAAUAAAAAAGGUGUCCUCACUAGCCUGAAAUAAGCACUCAAAAGUGACUGUCAUUUCAGUCUAUGUCCUUAUGAGUAGCUUUUGUUUCAGGCCUUUCGCACUGUACAGAGAGAGAUUGGAGUGUACUUUUUGAUGUCCUGCACGCAUUGCUUUGCCAAUCAAUUUAUGCUUUGUUUGUUGAAUUUGUUCUUUUCCUUUAUUCGUUAUGAAACAACAACAAAAACACAAAGAAGGGCUGGAUAAGGAUAGUGGUGAAGCUCAUGAUAGUUUGGAUGAUGUCAGUUCAAAGUUUCAAUAUCAUAAUUUGACCCAGAACUCAAUUGAAAAUGCCAUAUGGGACAUGUGACCCACUUUGACUAAUUUCUAGAUUGAACACUGAAUUACAUGUAAUUCCAUCUCAGGUUGCAAUCCAGCUUGAAAAUGGUGAUCUAGUGGACCGUGUUUCUCCAUGGAUUCGCUAUGCAGUUGAUCCAAAUGAUGGAACACACCUGUAUGUAGGAAUUCAUUGGGAUCCACCACAGCCCUACCAGUGGCAAAAUAGUAAACCCAAGAAAACUUCAGGCUUGCGCAUUUAUGAGUGCCAUGUUGGUAUAGCCUCCCCUGAACUUAGAGUGGCCAGUUACAAAGAGUUUGCUUACAAUGUUAUUCCAAGAAUAAAGAAGCUAGGAUAUAACUGUAUACAACUUAUGGCUGUUAUGGAGCAUGCAUAUUAUGCCUGCUUCGGUUACCAAGUAACAAACUUCUUUGCAGCUUCCAGGUAACUAUAACAAUAAAUGCAUAAUUCUCCUCUUCCCUUCUGGGGCUUUUCAGGGAUAUGAAACAAAUAAUUCAAAUAGCAAGGUCAAGAAUCCCAACUGGCUGGAGGCGAACCAGUUGGCUAUUUACAAGCGUGGCAGCCGAUUUGAGCUCAGGACUACAGAGAACAAGUCCAGCUAGUGGUCAGGGUGAGACCUGAACUUGGUGCAUCUGUAUUACAAGUGCAUUACUGUAACCUCUCGGCUACACUGCCGCUCUUCAAGUCUUUCUUGUAAAACCAAUGAUAGUUCAAAGCAACUUGGCCUAAUAUGUGUAUGUACUUGUAAGUUGUCCUGAACUGUGACGCUUUUGGCAUUUCACAUGUUUUGAAAGUGAAAUAGUUUCGAAACCAGAGGCUACAGAUCAUCUUUAUUUAUGCCCAAGUGACAGGGUAAAUUAUGCAGACUAUUUUUUCAAUAUUAGUGUUGUUAAUAAUAUUGAUAUUUAUCAUUGUUUUGCUACCUUUUUACUCCUACACCAUUUUAUUGCGAGGUCUUUAUAACUGUCACUUUUUAAUCUGUCUAUGAAUUCUUAUUGUGUUACCAUUAAUUAACGAAGCUUCUUUUAAACAACUUUGACAUAGUACUAUUUAUUUCUACUGAUGUUACAAAAUAAAAUGUAAGGUUUUCUUUGUUAAACUCCUCUUUGGUCACCAUUACGAGUGAAAAGGUUGUUCAACUUGGUGGGGACACUCAGAAUACACAAACAAAAAAGAAUUAUUGAAAAGCAUGUUAAUUAAUCAAUUUUCUCCACUUGUGCCAUAAAGUCCUUACUGCAACCUUGGAAAAGAACUUCAGUUACAUGUAGAUAAUGACAUUUUUUCUUGUUGUUUAAUGUCGCUCAGUCGUUAUGGAACACCAGAGGAGUUAAAGGAAUUAAUUGACGUCGCUCAUGGUAAUGGCAUUCUAGUCUUACUAGAUGUGGUACAUAGCCAUGCAGCAAAGAAUGUGCUUGAUGGACUCAAUCAAUUUGACGGCACUCACAGCUGUCAUUUUCAUGAUGGUGGACGGGGCUUCCAUGAUCUCUGGGACAGCCGGCUGUUUGAUUAUACCAAGUGA